AUGGAAACCUUCUUCUUCACACCGGGUUGGUCCCAGCACCACCAACCCUCCUCCGGCCGAGCGUUGGGCCACUUGCGCUCCCUUUCGUCCGUCGCCGCCGCGUCACAAUCUACACCAUCGUCCCCUGCACCGCAAAAGCCUCGCAUACCUCUCAAGUCACCAUCCACGCCACAGCUACCGACCAUCUCCUUGACCCCGUCCCACUCGUCCGAUCUGAGUGACGACAUGAGUACCCUACCGGAUCCUCGAAACCGGCCCAAGACGCCCGACGAUGACGAGCCAGAACCCGGCCGGAAGCAUCAUCCCGACCUGGAUGGGGAAGUUGCCACCUUGAGCACAAAACUCAUCAACGCAAUCAACCACCAGACUCUGCUCGACGACACGCUGAGCGUGACGCGCCUCGAGCUGGCCGCAGCCAAAGACCACAUCCGGCAGCUGGAGGCUCAAAACGCAACCAUGCGAGACACCCUCCGAGGACACGUCUGGAUCCGUCGUUCGACCCUCGAUGCCGAGAAGAAGGCGAUGCAAACCGAGAAAAAGGCCAUACAGGCCAAGAUGGCCGAGGAAACCGCCAAAAGGCUCGAGACGGAAAAGGAGAAGCGCAAGAUUGAGCAGGAGCUGGAAAACCUGACGACGGCCCUCUUUGAAGAGGCUAACAAGAUGGUCAUUGCCGCCAAGGAAGAUGCUCAGGCUCAGCACGACGCCUUGCAGCGCAAGAUUGAUCAGCUCAAGGCUCAGCUCGCAGACUCGGAAAGCCUUCUCAAAUCCCAGCAGGAACAGCUGUCGGAGCUGAAACGAGUCAUGGAAUCAAUGGCCUCGGAGCAGGAUGACCAAACCUAUGGCACCGCGCCGCCAUCACCGGCCAUGGGGAAAUCACACGAACCCGAGCAUGACGGGCGCGCCUUGUCCAGGGCUGCUGGCACCGUGCCGCCGAGCCCUUUUGUCGAGACAUGCGCGCCCUGCCCACCCACCAGCCUGCAUCACCUCCUGCACCCAGUGUUGCGGACGGACCUGACGGCCUACCACGAUUUCCUCAACCUGGCCAGGCUCUCGCACAACAGAAACUCCCCCGGCCGCGGCUCCUCGACGUCGGUGAGUGGAUUCAACGCGUUGGGGCUCAGCUUCGGCACUCGCCCAUCCAGCGCUUCCGCAAAAGCCUCGCUCGGCCCUUCGGCUCAAGUUCAAGCUGACCAGAGCGCUCCGCAGUCGCCAAACACGCCAGCCUCUGCGGCGAGCAGCGGUUCCGCCGGCGCGCCCACCUCACCACCCCUCAAGGAAUCCCGCUUCUACAAGCGUGCGCUCGUCGAAGACAUCGAGCCGACCCUGCGCCUCGACCUGGCGCCUGGCCUGUCGUGGCUGGCUCGCCGGACGGUUCUCGGCUCCAUGGCAGAAGGCUCCCUGAUUGUGGAGCCCGUCCCCGCGAGCGCGAGCGCGACGCACUCUGCCGUCGUCAAGCCCCAGCUGCACCCGUGCGCUCUCUGCGGCGAGUCGAGGAACGACGCCCGGUACCUGCGCAACCAUCGGUUCAGGACGAGCGAGGCGGAAUCGGCGCAGCGGUACCCUCUCUGCCAGUACUGCCUGAACCGCGUGCGCUCGACCUGCGACUACCUCGGCUUUCUGCGCUUGGUCAGGGACGGUCACUGGCGAGCGGAUGGCGAAGACCAGGAGAAGGCCGCCUGGGAGGAGAGCGUGAAGCUGAGGGACCAGAUGUUCUGGGCGCGCGUCGGCGGGGGCGUGGUUCCUCACGGAUACGGAGCUCCCGCCGAUGGCGAGCGCUCGUCGAGGACCUCGCACGAGUCGGAGGGUUCUCGCAAAUACUCGACGGAUGCUGCCGGCAGCACGCUCGAGAAGGAGCCCGCGUCCCCUAAUAACUACUCGACGGAAGCUGCCGGCACCGCUCACGCGAAGGAGCCCACAUCCCUCGGGCCAGAGAACCUCUGCCGGGCAAGCAUGUCCAAGACGGCCGAACCGCGCACGCCGCCGGAGCAAACGGACAGCGGAUGUCUUGCAGGCGCGGCUGUGCAGUCGCUGGAGCCGACCAAGUUGGACGAUCCAGACAGCCCAGGCAGCACACCAGGGCAUUCGAUCACGGUGUGA